CAUGGCACGACGCGAGGAAGUGAAGGAUGUUUACCCCGGAGGACAUGAGGUGCUGGAUCCAUACAGGUGGCUGGAAGAUCCUGACAGUGAGGAAACUGUGAAGUGGGUCGAGGCUCAAAACGAGCGCACGAACGCGUUCCUCAACACGUUGCCCAACAGAGAAGUUUUGAAGAAGAAGCUAACCGAGAAGUACAACUAUGCAAAGACAGGAAGUACCUUCAAGAGAGGCAAGGGGGAAUACCUCCGCUACUACUACUACAAGAAUGAUGGGCUGCAGAACCAGUACGUGCUGAUGAUGCAGGCGGGUCUCGACUCGCCUGCUGAGGAGUUCUUCGAUCCCAACCUGCUCUCCUCGGACGGCACCAAGAGCAUCGGCGCCAAUGCAUUCUCUGACUCCGGAAGGUACUGGGCGCAUGGAAUUUCCGCCAGUGGCUCCGACUGGCAGACGAUCUUCGUGCGGGAGAUCACCUCUAAGCAAAACACUGAGGACAAGAUCGAAUGGGUGAAGUUCUCUGGAAUCUCGUGGGUCAAGGAUGACUCCGGCUUCUUCUAUUCGAGAUACCCUGAGCCAAAGAGCUUGCAAUCUGUCGAGGACAACGUCGAAGGCAACGACCUGAAGCGAGGGAGCGAGACAGACAGCAACGUUGAGAUGUCCGUCUACUUCCACAAGCUCGGGACCAAACAAUCCGAAGACGUUCUGAUCUUCAAGCCCUCGGAGAAUCCCAAGUGGCUCCCAAGAGCGUCCAUGUCGGAUGAUGGCAAAUACCUCAUCAUCUCCAUCUCUGAAAGCACUGCGCCGGUGAACCGAGUGUACAUCGGCCAGGUGGAUCAGAUCUUGUCGGGAACUUGGGACGACUCCAAGUUCAUGAGGCUGAUUGACAACUUUGAUGCUGGAUACGACUAUGUCACCAACACUGAAAGCAAAUUCUACUUCAGAACAAACAAGGAUGCGGAUCUGCAGCCUCGCUACAAAGUCAUCUGCAUCGACAUCCAGGAUGCAAAGGAGGAGAAGUGGGCAGACAUCCUUGAACACAAGGAGGAAGUGCUCAACGACGUGCUGUGCGUUGGAGAGAAGUAUCUCGUGGUUUGCUACAUGAAUCACGCCCAGGAGACCCUCAGUCUCUUCAAGCUUGCAGAUGGCUCUCUUGUUCAGCAGAUUCAACUUCCUGACGUCGGUUCCGUCGGCUCGUUGAGUGGAAAGAGAGAGCACAUGGAGUUCUUCUACAGUUUCGUCGGGUUUGUGCACCCUGGAGUGAAAUUCAGGUUUGACUUGGAGACGAUGCAAUCUCACAAGCUGCGCGAGGACAUCGUUUCCAAUCAUCGUCCUGAAGAUUUUGAGACCAAACAAGUCUUCUAUGAAAGCAAGGAUGGAACCAAGAUCCCCAUGUUCAUAGUCGGGAAGAAGGGCCAAGAGCAUUCUGGGAACACCUGCACGCUCCUUUAUGGCUACGGAGGGUUCAGCAUCAGCAUCACUCCUUCCUUCAACCCCUUCCGCACCGUCUUCAUCAAUCAUUUCAACGCCCUUCUUUGCGUUGCAAACAUUCGAGGAGGCGGAGAGUACGGGGAGGACUGGCAUGAGGCAGGAUGCAACAACAACGGGAAACCAGGAAAACUGAACAAGCAGCGAGGCUUCGACGACUUCCAGGCGGCAGCCGAGUACCUCAUCCAGCAGGGGUACACCUGCCCUGCCAAGAUUGCCAUCAAUGGAGGAAGCAACGGCGGUCUCCUCGUCGGCGCCUGCGUCAACCAGCGUCCAGAUCUGUUCGCUGCUGCCAUCCCCCAGGUUGGAGUGAUGGACAUGCUUCGCUUUCACAAGUUCACCAUUGGGUACGCCUGGUGCUCUGACUACGGAUGCUCCGAAAACAGCGAAGAGGAAUUCAAGGCCUUGUACGCCAUAUCUCCGCUUCAUAACAUCAAACCACGAGACGACGUCCAGUACCCUGCCGUUCUCGUGACAACUGCCGACCAUGAUGAUCGAGUGGUCCCACUUCACUCCUUCAAGUACGCAGCUCAGCUACAGUACGCCUUCGAAGGGAACAGCAAACAGACCCGUCCUCUCCUCAUCCGCAUUGAGACCAAAUCAGGUCAUGGCGCCGGCAAGCCGACAGCCAAGGUCAUCGAGGAAGUUGCGGACAUUUACGCCUUCAUCGGAAGCAUCACCGGAACCGAAUUCUCCGAUUGAUUGAGGACACAAGGACAGGAGAGGAGGAGAGAGGAGGAGAAAUCCCUCGAGUACGUGACAUGAAUACAUCCCUUCAAUUCC